AUGUCAUCGACCAACAAAGACGAUGCGGCGGCAUCGACUGCGACCGACGAAAGCUAUUUUGAUCUCUUUGAUGACGAUGAGGAUGACGCUGACAAGGGGGAUAUCAAGGAGCUCAUGAAGUCUCUCGAUGCACUUCCAGAUCUGCCUGCUCCGUUGCCGGAAAAGAUCGAGCGUGCCUUGUCGCAAUCCUUGUCUCAGAUUGCCUUUGCAGCCAAUCCCGAUGAUGAAACCAAAGAUGGACUCUCGGAAAACGCCCGAGCGAGCUUGUCCACAGAAUCAGCCUAUGGGCACCCGCUUAGCGUCGAAGAAGCCGAAAAACGAAUCCCUUCAGGUGCUGGUGGUCUCCAAUGGCAUGUCAUGCUCAUCAAUGGCGACCCUUUUCAUGAAGAUGGAAACCUCAAAAAGGGUCUCAAUCCAAGAGACUUUAACCUGGAAACGAAGACCAUCAAACCUCGACGUGCCAAUCUACCCAUCCUUGCCACAGACUUUUAUUCGUCGUUGACUCGGGUGGAAGGACCCGAUGAUCCACGGUUUAUCUUUCAUGGAGUUUUGAAUGGAUGGCCUUCACUCCAGACCUUUGAGGUGGUCAAAAUAGAACGCAAGCGCAACAAGGAAUUUGUAAGACCAUCCGAAAUCAUCAAAGGACAGCGAGUAUGGGUACCCAUCUGGCAAGCGGAAGUCGAAGGAAAGCAAAGACUGGAUCCAACCAUAACGGAAAGUGGGCUUAUCUUUCGUCUCACUCUCCGUGGACCUGGAUAUACUAGUAAGGGUUGGUCCAGGAAGAGCCCUGGAUUCGCCUUUUGGUAUCAGGCACAGCUGAGACCAGAACCAACCCUGACCUACGGAACCCAGAUGAUUGAUCAAAUGGAUCCAAACGCUAUCUGUACAAAUGUGCACAUGGUGGCCCACAUGUAUGCUCGUGUCAAGGAGAAUGCAAAGGAUAAACUGACGUAUCACAGCUGUGUUCUGUUGGAAUGGAAUCACCAAGAAUAUUGCACUGUCAUUGAAGCAGCUUGGCUCAACGGAUUGGCAGGCUGGAGAGGAAAGUGCAACUUUUACGAUGACAUGGACGAUCCAGUGACUCAAAUGUACAAGUGUUUUCCACCCGAGAUGGUGUGCCCUUGGUUGACCAAUGCUGCAGAGAUCCGAGCUUUUGAUGUGGAGUCAAAAACGUUCGAUGAGUUCAAAGGAUACAUGACCAAGUAUGAAUCACGCGACAAACGCUUUUGGGAUGCUCAGUACCCAUUUUCACACCCAGCUCGCCUUACAUACCGGUCCAAGAAGGACAUUGCUCAGUAUUUGGUCAACUACAUGCGCAGAGAUGUAUCCUACAAUGAACUCAAACGAAAUUGUCAAACAUUGUCAGCAGACCUUUGCAACUUCGUGGCAGGAAAGAACAAUGUAAAGCCCUUUCAUCCUGUGAACAGGAUUGAGUACAAGAAUCGAUCAUACUUGUUUCUUUAUGAUCCUGACAUGUAUGAUCAACAGGAUGAAGCCAUUCAGGCCAACCAGCUUUGA